AUGCGCAGCGCGCGCUCAGCGCGCCCGGCCUCCCCGCGCCCCGCGGCACGCGGCCAGUGCGCAGGCGCGGCGGCCGAUGCGAGUGUGUAUGUGCGGGCGAGAAGAUGGCGGCGGCGGGGGAAGCAGCGUGAGGAGUCGGACGAGCGCCGAGGCUCAUUGAAACGGGCCGCCAUGGCCCUCCGCAACCCGCAGUAUAUUUUUGGAGAUUUUAGCCCUGAUGAAUUCAAUCAGUUCUUUGUGACUCCUCGCUCUUCAGUUGAGCUUCCUCCGUAUGGUGGAGCAGUUCUAUGUGGCGCACAGGCCGCUGGUGAGCUACCCGAUGGGCAGGACUGUCAGAGAAUUGAAUUUGGUGUUAAUGAAGUAAUUGAACCCAAUGACACUUUGCUGAGAACUCCCAGCUACAGUAUUUCAAGCACAUUGAAUCCUCAGGCCCCUGAAUUUAUCCUUAAUUGCACAACUUCCAAAAAGAUCCCCAAUGACAUCGAUAAAGAAGGGAACUUCAGCUCAGCUGACUGCCAGUACCCAGGCUCUGCCCUCGCCCUGGACGGCAGCUCCAACGUGGAGGCGGAAGUUUUGGAGAGCGACGGCGUCUCGGGUGGUCUUGGACAAAGGGAGCGGAAAAAGAAGAAAAAACGCCCCCCUGGGUAUUACAGUUACUUGAAAGACGGCGGCGAGGGUGGUCCCUCCACAGAAGCCCUGGUCAAUGGCCAUGCCGGUCCAGCAGUGCCCAACAGUGUAGGCACGGAAGAUGUGGACUCGAUGGGUGAUGUGCCCCCCGUGGGGACACCCAGGACUUGGGGCAGCCCCCAGGACACCACGGACUUCGUCAGCGACGCCGUGCCUGCUGGUUCUUUCCCCGGAGCCCUUGACAGCGGGGCCAGGACUGCAGGGCAGCCUGAGGGCUGCCCCGGGGCCAACUUGGAGCCCUCUCGCCUCCCUGCAGAGGCCAGCAGGGACACCUUGUUGAGGACAGCUGUGGCUCAGCCUGCCGUUGGGACCGAUACUACUGAGAACCUUGGAGUCACUAACGGACAAAUACUUGAAUCCUUGGGUGAGGGCACGGCUGCCAACGGGAUGGAGUUGCACACUGUGGAGAGCUUGGACUCAGAGCCCGCCAGGGCCGAGAGCGGCGCCCCUCCUGCGGACGCCGUGGCCUCUGCGGCGGCCACCGCCCCUGCCGGUCACAGUCAGCCCGCCAAGUCGUGGGCCAGUCUUUUUCAUGGUUCUAAGCCCCCUUCCUCUUGCGCCUCCUCCUCGCCUGUGGUUUCCAUGGAAGCUAAGUAUUCCCCUCCUGCCACAUCUUCCCUGGUCUCUGAAAAGCAGGCCGAAGUCAAGGAAGGGCUGGUUCCAGUUUCAGAAGAUCCUGUAGCUAUAAAGAUUGCAGAGUUACUGGAGAGCGUAACCCUGGUUCAUAAACCGGUAUCACUGCAACCCCGCGGGCUGAUCAAUAAAGGAAACUGGUGCUACAUUAAUGCUACACUGCAGGCACUGGUUGCUUGCCCUCCGAUGUAUCACCUGAUGAAGUUCAUUCCUCUGUAUUCAAAAGUGCAAAGGCCUUGUACGUCCACACCCAUGAUAGAUAGCUUUGUUCGGCUAAUGAAUGAGUUUACUAAUAUGCCAGUACCUCCAAAACCCAGACAAGCUCCUGGGGAUAAAGCCGUGAGGGACAUCCGCCCGGGAGCUGCCUUUGAGCCUACGUACAUUUAUAGACUGCUGACAGUUAUCAAGUCGAGCCUGUCCGAAAAGGGUCGACAAGAAGAUGCUGAGGAGUACUUAGGCUUCAUUCUAAAUGGACUUCAUGAGGAAAUGCUGAACCUGAAGAAACUUCUCUCACCAAAUAACGAAAAACUUACUGUUUCCAAUGGACCCCGAAGCCACUCAGUGAAUGAAGACGAGCAGGAAGAACCAGGCGAAGGAAGUGAGGACGAAUGGGAGCAAGUGGGCCCCCGAAACAAGACUUCGGUCACUCGCCAGGCGGAUUUUGUUCAGACCCCCAUCACUGGCAUUUUUGGUGGCCACAUCAGGUCUGUGGUUUACCAGCAGAGUUCAAAAGAAUCUGCCACCCUGCAGCCGUUCUUCACGCUGCAGCUGGAUAUCCAGUCGGACAAGAUACGCACCGUCCAGGAUGCGUUGGAAAGCCUGGUGGCAAGAGAGUCUGUCCAGGGUUACACCACCAAAACCAAACAAGAGGUUGAGAUCAGUCGAAGGGUGACUCUGGAAAAGCUCCCUCCUGUCCUCGUGCUGCACCUGAAACGGUUUGUUUACGAGAAGACGGGUGGAUGUCAGAAGCUCAUCAAAAAUAUUGAAUAUCCUGUGGACUUGGAAAUUAGUAAAGAACUGCUCUCUCCAGGGGUUAAAAAUAAGAAUUUUAAAUGCCACAGAACCUAUAGGCUAUUUGCAGUGGUCUACCACCACGGCAGCAGCGCCACGGGCGGCCACUACACCACGGACGUCUUCCAGAUCGGUCUCAACGGCUGGCUGCGCAUCGAUGACCAGACGGUCAAGGUGAUUAACCAGUACCAGGUGGUGAAGCCCGCUGCCGAGCGCACGGCCUACCUCCUGUAUUACCGCCGCGUGGACCUGCUGUAGCCGCCGCUGUGUGUGCCGAUGCUGCUUGUGGAGCACCGGCUCUCACCGACUCCCCUCCUCUCUUUAGUGGCUCUUUAGAGAGAAACUCUUUCUUCCUGUUGCAAAAAUGGGCUAGAAUGAAAGGAGACGCCUGGGGUUUGUGCACAACAUAGUUUAUGUUGACUUCUAACUUCCAAAUCAAAAUCAUCUGGUUGAGACAGAUUGUCGCUUGAUUUAAGCAAAUACACAAAAAACCACAUUUCCGAAAUAAUGCUGAUUCCUGAGUAAGAAGGGGAACUUGCAUUUGAUUCCCAGUCUAACUGCGUAGUAGAAUAAAUCCUGCACCAGCAACGACACUUGUAAAUUUGUGAAAAUGAAUUUUAUCUUUCCUUACAAAAAUAAAUUUUUUAAUCCAUCACACUUUCUUCCCUCACCCUUUAGUUUUUGAUAAACGAUAAAAAUGAGCCAGUUAUCAGAGAAGAAAUAGUUCUUACUUCAAAAGAUAAACACAAAAAAUAAGUUGCUGGUUCCUAAUAGGAAAAACACAUUUUAAUAAUUGUGCGAUGAGAAGCUGCUUACGUACACAUUGCAGAUCAAAUACUUGGAGUUAAGGUGUCAGUCACAUGGAUGGGUGAUUGUAACUUUAUUGCCAUUAAAAGAUUUCAAAUUGC